AUGUCAGCUCAGCCACUUCCAUCGGAGCUGGCUAGGUAUAGGAUCCUGGCUCCAAAUGCCGGUGUUCGUGUGUCGCCCAUCGCUCUCGGUACACUAAACUUUGGUCAAGCAUGGGCCCGCAACAUGGGCGCUUCAGCCUUAGCCAAGGACCAAUCGUUCGCCAUACUGGACGAAUAUUUUUCUCAGGGCGGCAACUUUGUUGACACGGCCAAUGGUUAUCAGGCUGGUACUGCCGAGCAGGUCCUGGGGGAAUGGCUAGUAGAGCGUGGCAAUCGCGACCAGAUUGUGCUCUCGUCGAAGUUUUCGAUGAGUUUCAAAUUCGACCGCGAAGAAUCACCAAUUCGCGCCAACUAUGCGGGCAAUAGCAUCAAGAGCCUCCGUUUGAGCGUCAAGAAGAGCCUCGAAAAGCUCCAGACGGACUACCUCGACCUUCUCUUCGUACACUUUUUCGACUACACGACCUCAAUCCCAGAGUUGAUGCAUUCUCUCAACGACGAGGUGCGCUCGGGCAGGGUCAACUACAUUGGAAUAUCCGACACACCAGCUUGGAUCGUCAGCAAAGCAAACGAGUAUGCACGCAAUCAUGGACUUGCAUCGUUUGUUGCAUAUCAAGGCGAAUGGUCUCUACUACGCCGCGAUCUCGAACGAGAGAUCAUCCCAAUGUGCCGCUCGGAAGGCAUGGCCUUGAUGCCGUACGGGGUACUGGGCCAGGGCAAGUUCAAGACCAAGCAAGAAAUCAAAGAGCGGCAAGCUGCAGGGUUGGACCUGCGUAAAUUCUGGGGCGACGCCAAGCAGUCGGAUCAAGAACUCGCCGUUAGCGGAGCAUUGGAAAGCAUGGCUAGCGAGCUAGGAGCCAGUUCCCUCGGUCAAGUGGCCGUCGCCUACCACUUGCAAAAGUAUCCCUACGUGUUUCCAAUCCUGGGAUGCCGGACGGUUGAACAGAUGCGCACCAAUGUCGGGUCCCUCAUCCUCAGCUUGCCACCAGACGCCAUUCGAACAUUGGAAGGAAUCGUUCCUUUCUCGCUGGGUUUCCCUUACGACCAAUAUGGGUGA